CUACAUAUAAAGAGAAGCAGACUGAGUCUCACACAGAGCAGACAACUCUUCACAACUGAAAAAGAGGGGAUUAAAAAAAUAAUCUAUUUAUUUUUCAUCAUUUAAUCCAUUGGAUUAUUUCAAGUUAAAAUCACAAGUUUUGGAGAUUCACUAAAGGUGUUUCGUCUCCUCUUCAUUCCUGUUUCCACAUCAUCAUCUCUAUCCUGUCUAGCAACCCCCCCUGUGAAAAGUGGGGUGCCUAGAAAGUGGGGACAGCGCCAUGGUAACUCAAAGCAAGUGCAACUCCACCAUGAGCAACAAAUUCCUGGACACCAAAUCACGGGUGUACCACUUCAAGACCUUCUCCUCCAGGGCGCAGUACCAGAUGGUCAUCACGACGUACAAAAAGCUUUUAGACUGUGGCUUCUACUGGAGCAGCAUCACCGGCAAGGAGGCCAACGCUCUGCUGGAGAAGGAAAGAAUCGGGACCUUCCUUAUCCGGGACAGCUCUGACAACAGACACCUGUUCACCCUCAGCGUCAAGACGGUGGUCGGCCCUAAGAGUGUGCGGAUCAAGUGUGACUCGAACUCUUUCUACCUGCAGACGGACGCCAACAACACUCUGGCUGUUCCUCGCUUUGACUGUAUCCUCAAACUGAUUGAGUUCUACAUGCCCCGCGUCACCGGGGGAUGUGUGAUCUACUACAUUCACAACGCGGGGGAGAAGAUCCCCCUGGAUCUCAGACGGCCUUUCAGCUGCAACCUGUCCACCUUGCAGCACCUCUGCAGGAGAACAGUCAACAGUCAUUCAGACAUUUCCUCUAAAAAAGACGAACUUCCUCAGACUAUUAGAGAUUUCCUGCAGGAGUAUGACGCUUCCAUCUAGAGCCAUGAAGGGGGCAAGCUGAAACAAACAAAGCCAGCAAAGAGGCGCGAGGACCGGCAUCGGUCAGACAGAACCAGACUCUGUCUGAAGACACGAGAGCCGCUCCGAGCAGCGCUGAGAUGUGGCGGUUUUCAUCCCCAAAAAAGCCAGACUCAGUCAGUCAAGUAAGUCAGCUGUCUCCUAGACGACAACGCUGCUAACUCAAGAGCCGUGAAGCCGGGAGGCUCACCGCCAACAGAGACGGCUGAGGAGUUUUUAGGGGAGGCUACAGAAGAAGGGGAUUAUGCCAAAUUUGCCAGAACAAGACACCAGUGUGUUUAAAGAUCAACAUGACUGAAUCCACCGGGGGGAAGAGUUCUCCUGAUAUGUGGUCGUAUUUCAACCAACAAAUGUAUCACACUUGGUUUAUGUCUUUUUUUUACACAUAUAAGGAGAGUAAUGUUCUUGCUCGCCUUAAAACCAUGUUUACAUGAUGAAAUUUCGAAUCUGUUGUGCUGUCUUUCAUAAAGAUGGAAGCUUGCCAGCCAACGACCUGGCUGUGCCAGCCUGAAGUUAUCUGAGAAGUUCGACGAAGCAAGCAGACUGAUACAACUUUGCACUUAUUUAUAUCUGUGUGUGAGCAUUUCCUUAAUUUAUAAUAAAACAUUAUUGUUUUCUACAAAAUGACA